AUGCCUACUGAUGCCCAGAUCGCCGGCGGCCACAAGGCCAACCUCAACAACCCCAACACCUCGGAGGAGUCCAAGCAGCACUCCCGCCAGGUCCUCGAGAACGAGUUCAACGGCGGUGAUGUUCCCAAGUCGACCGACUCUGGCGACAAGAACCCCGGAAACGUUGCUGGCGGCCUGAAGGCCACUCUCAACAACCCCAAGGUCUCGGACGAGGCCAAGAAGUCCGCGAAGGACCGUCUCGAGGGUAUGCAGUAG